AUGAUCCUUCUGGAACUCCUCGGCCACGUCAGCACGGAUUGGAUGAUUCGGCUCAGAUACUGGAUCCUGGAAUUCCUGCUGGAAGAACAGUUUCAACAUGAAGAUUUCCACAAGAAUAAUAUGCCUCAAUGGUUUCGAUUGAACAUUUAUCAAGAUCAGCUGCCACAAAUGACAGAUUGUUCGUGUCUAAACAUCUGUUUACCAUGUCAAUCUUGCUCUUUCAGAAGACUUUUGAACGGUUGUUUUCCCAGAUUAAAUUUGAAGCAGCGAUUCAAUUGCACCACGACCUGCUGUACUCGACCGGGACCCGAUAAACUGAAUCUUGUUUGUUGUGUUGUUUGA